AAGCGUAACACACGAAAACACCAUCACCAUGGCCGACAUGUCAAAGCGCGACUUCACCCUGGCUGAAGCCAGCGGAACACAUCAUAUGGAAAACACUGUUCUCGUCGAUCUCGACGACCCUCAUCGCGCUGCCCUGGAAGACAACCCGGAGAAGCCUGAGAAGCUCUCUUGGUCCACCAUCCUCUCCGUCUUUUUCCUCGGUCUGUCUUUCAUCGCUCCCCUUAGCUGCGGUUUCGUCCUCGCCGUGGGUAUCCUCGUGCCCAUCGGCACCGCCCUGGGCGACACCACCCAUAUCGGCUGGAUUCCUGGUGGCUGGUCAAUCGCCUCGUCGGUCUCCUUCGCUAUCGCUGGAAGUCUGAGCGAUAUUUUUGGCCGUCGAAAUGUCAUCCUCCUUGGUCAAGGUAUCACCAUCAUCGGCGCUAUUGUCGGUGCGACCGCGAUGACCACACUUCAUGUCGCGGCUGCCUCGACGGUCUUGGGCUUUGGAUGCGGCAUCAUCUUUGUCGGCUAUGCUGGCAUUCCAGAAUUGUUGCCUAACAAAUGGCGAGGAAUUGGCCUGGGAUGGACCGAAUUCUGCAUCACGAUGCCUUGGGCCGUCGUUGCCGUGUUGCUCGGUAAUGCCCUGGCAGAGCAUGCGAGCUGGCGGUGGUGCUACUACAUCUCCAUCAUCUAUAGUGUCAUCUGUCUCGUGGGCACCGCAUGCUUCUACUUCCCACCUCAUCGUCCGCAGCUGGAUUACGACAAAUCUCGCUGGCACGAGGUCAAGGAGAUUGAUUACAUCGGUCUGUUCCUGUACGCCACUGGCCUCACCGUCUUCUUGGUCGGUCUCAACUGGGCUGGCACCGCUGGACACGGAUGGAAGAGCGUAUCGGUCAUCGCACCAAUCGUCCUUGGCUUCUUGGCCUUUGUCGCAUGUUUUGUCUACGACUUUACGCUCGCCAAACGCCCAUUCUUUCCGUUCGAACUCUUCAAACAGGUCCGAGAAUUCACUAUCUUGUUGGUCUUGGUCUUCGUUUCUGGCAUGAUAUUCUACUCCAUGGCCGGAUUGCUUCCCCAGGGAAGUUUGUACAUGUUCACAAACAAUUCCACCGAGAUCGGCCUUCUCGCCUUGCCCAACGGCUUUUCCCAACUAAUCGGAGGUUGGGUGAUCCCGUCCCUGGCACACAAAAUUAAGCACCUCAAAUGGCAACUCACCACGCUUCUCUGCUUCCAAACCCUGUUCGUAGCUCUGUACGCCGCCGUCAUCCCGACCAACAAAGCUGCCUGGUCAGCGUUCCAGUUCUUCGGACAGGGAUGCUUUGCCGCCAUCACCCUGAUCAGCUACAUCGUAGCCGGUCUUCAUAUUCCCCAACGCCAGCUGGGCAUCGCUACCGGUCUGAUCGGCACAUUUCGCAGCGCAGGCGGUAGCGUGGGCAUCACCGUCUUUGACACCAUCCUCAGUUCCACCGUCAAUUCGCGGCUGGGACCACAAAUUUCAGAAGCUGCAUUGGCCAUGGGCUUUCCGGCAAAGAACUUGGCCCUACUGAUCCCGGCGACCAUCGAAAAUGCCAGCGGCGUGCCAAAUGCCUUUGCCGCGGUCCCCGGCAUCAGCCCCGCGAUCGAGCUGGCAGUAGCACAGGCGUUCAAGGAUGCAUAUGCCUAUGCAUUUCGCCGGGUCUUCCUGAUCACUAUUCCCUUCGGUGUCGUUGCCAUUAUCGCCACCCUUUUCAUUCGGGAUCCAUCCAGGUAUCUGACCAACCAUGUAGCUGUCCACAUGGAAAAGGAAGGCAUAACAGGAGCAGUCCGCCGUGUUGAGGCGUCCACUAUGGCCCAUACGCUCGGGGAUGAAAUUGGGACAAGCACGGCCCUGGAAGGUGGUCCACGGCAGGACGCGAUUGGCUUGACGGGUGUCCAUUCCACCGUGUAA